GUGUCGGCAGUGUUUCAAGCAUGCCGGCCACAUAUGUGAGUUCAGUGGGUGCUCGUAUUACUCUGUAAAUCAAUAGCCGCGUAUGCGUGCACCCUAAAAUUUGUUUAGCCGGUUAUUUAACUUGUAUAUCUCCGCAACGCUCCGGAACUGUUACGUUGACGAACAUGGCAGCUCGAAAAUUUGAGCCCUCAACAACCAGCAGCAUCUCGAGCACAUCGGUCCCGUCGCGUUCAAGCAAAGAAGUGUGGAAAACUCUUGCAAAGUGGACGAUGUCAAGAUCCUCAUCAGAGUCGUCUCUCAGCUCUAAUAUAUUGAAAGAAAGUCAUGAGGAAGAUGACUCGCGUAACGACUCGCAGAUGCAUCUACCACGUUCACAAGCAAGGGGCCCCCAACGUUCAUCGAGAGGCAACACAACAUCCAGGUUACAGAGUGGAAAUGUGGAAAGAAAACGAAUAUUGAAAGAAGCCAGCUCAUCUCCAGAAAUGUCGCCAAGAAAAAUGUCCCGAUCAGAGUCCGAAAAAAUAUCAAGCUUCACGGAAUCGCAAGAGAGUGCUUUACCGGCUGGUCGAGCAGUUGCGAUGCGUCGCAUUUCAUUUUGGAGUUCUCCUCGGCGUAAAGAGGCUGCUUCAGACUCCCCAAGUCCAAGUUUGGUUCAGAGUGGGAGGAAAAGUGCACCAGAACAAGAAUCUGCUGAUGGUUUCACCAGAGCAGUGCAGCGACAGAGUGAUUCACACUUACAUCUUUCUACUAGCGAUAAACAGAAGUCGAUGAAGAUGCAGAGUUUGGACAGUUUCGGAACUCCGUCUUCAAGUCCAAGGAUCACAAAGGAUGAAAAGGCCGCUGUCGAGGUCAGGCCAUUACAACAGAAACCUGUUUUGCGAGCACGAAGAACAAAGAAGCAAAUGAAGCCAGUCAAGAGGACCACAGGUUAUAAAGUCUUGCGAGGAAUGAGGCACCAUCAGUCACCUGCCUCGUCUUCUAUGACCUUGAUUCCUCGUCUUCCUUUUUCACGUGUUGUGCGGGAAAUACUUUUUUCUGUAGGGGGAAAGGACUUCAGGAUGCAGAAGCUUGCACUGAGUGUCCUCCAAGAAACCAGCGAAGCUAUCAUUGUGGCAGUUCUGCAAGGUGCCAAUGUAUUAGCUCAUCAUUCUCGUCGUGUUACUCUUAUGAACAGAGACUUGGAUACAUUUCUUACACUUAUAAGAAAUAAUGGCUCCUUGCAGCGCUGCCUCUCUUAAAUUGUUUAAUCUGAUUACUUUUUAGCACAUUUUUGUGCAAGGUAUUCAUUCACAUAAUAAAUAAUGUGUCUUUCAUUUACCAGAGACUACACAACCUAACUUGUGAAGCAAUUAUGUCACAAAUUUUUCAUUGGAUUUUAUUCUCCUUUAUUUUUGAGUAUUAAUUAUUCAUUUUAAGGUGUGCUGAAAGUUUUUUUAAAUCUAGGACAAUUGUGCUUGUGUUUCAUUGCAUACUAAUAAGGUGUAAAUUCAACUAAAGUGAGUUGAAAGGGUGUGUAUAAUAUUAAUUUGAAUGUGACAUGACAUAUUGCAAAUGACACUAAACGCCUGCAAAGUAAAAAAAAAUGGUACGUGACCCUAGCACCUUGUUUUUAUGACAUAUAAGAUGAAAAUCGUCCAUAUAUGUUCCUGAAAAACAUUUGCAACUCAGUAUAAAAUGAAAAUGCCACGUGCUACGAUCUAGAACAAAGGUUCAUUGUAUGAAAUAUGUUGCGGUACCGUAUGCUCGGACUGCCAUAUUUGGUUCAAACUGUUAUGUUCUUCGCAAAUGUUACUCUUUGGCAUGUUGUUGUGGCAUGAUUGGAAGAGCUCAAAAUUUUAUGUCGCUUGCGACCAGGCGUUCUGGAUUGUAUUUUAAGUGUGCCUGAGUAAUGUUACAUGUGCGGUGGCUCUUUGCUGGCAUCUACUUUUUCACGGACUUCUGUCAAUCGGUCAUAUCGAGCAUUCAUCUGGGGAUCAAUUGCCUUCAUGUCCACAACCAUGUUUCGCUGCCCCUUGGCAUUUCAUUUUUUUUUUUGCCCGUCUUGCUCAUAAAAAAUAAGCUUUCUCAGAGUUGCGGAGUGGAGUGCUUUGACAUCAAACAUUAUUGUUAUUCAUGCCUUUAUCUUUGUCUUGAUUUGCCUUACUAUCUUUUUUUUUAGUUUGUUAAUGAACAUAUGCACACAUUUGCUUGAUUCUUAUUUGUUUUUACAUUCAUAUUAUAUGAAUUGUAUGUGCCUCCCUCGUGUAAUUUUAAUGUAUGGGUCUUUGUUGUAAAUGAAUAAAAUGCAUUUAAAGCAACUUAAGCAAGGGUUAUUGUCAUGCUUGCACCACUAAUGUACAUGAUGUAUACUUUUGUUGUCUUCUUUCACAUGAGGGCAGUAGUAAAUGGGAUUUUCGGCCUUACAAUAAUUUACAACCUGUUGAACUUUCAGUAGGCACAUAGUAAUAUAUACUUUUAUUUCUUCCUAACAGGACACUGUUGGCCAUCCAAUUUGUACUGAAUAUAUAAGAUAUUGUUUUGCUCUCUCUUUCUUUUGCUGUUCAUUUUACAUUCAGUGAACAGGUCUGCCUUUAUUGGGUUAUUGUCAGCAACACAGUACUAUAGUUGAAUACAACUUCAGAAUUCCACGACAUUUCUUCCUCGAAGGAGGAUGCACACAAGCCUCCCCCAAUGAAUGUGUACUCCAGGCUGACAUCAUAAGUUAGAGUGCCAGUGCUUUCGGAGAACAUUGCUGAGUACUUGAGCAGAACUAUUUCAUUAGUCGCAGAGGUGAUCAGCUGUCAUGCUUCGGUCAUCUGGGAGGGUCCUCUCUGAUCUUCUUACGUUGUAUAUGACUGUAGAGAGAUGAUCUAGGCGGGAGCUGCAGGUUGUUUUGACAGCUGACCUUGGGCUUAAUUGCAGAACUUUGCUUGUGAGCAAUUGCAGUGGCCACAGCUUACAUUCAUUCAUCAGGCACUGAAAGAUAAAUCCCUUGAACAACUGUGGCGUACUUUAAUGCAGAAUGGGAAGUUGAGCCUGUUUUUCAGGGUUUGUUGUAAAGUGUGUAAAACAGUGCAAAAACCAAACACAGACAAGAGGAAAACAUGUGAUAACAAACUGUUGUCUUGUCACAUUUCUUUUUGUCCAUGUUUUUUUUUGCUCGUUUUUUUACUUCAUGGGGAAUGAACUGUGAAGUCCUUGAUAAACCAGCUCUGCCAUUCACUGCUCUCAGCUGCUGUAAACGUGUCCGUUAAAUAAAGCAUGAUAGUGACUCUCA